UAUUUAUACCUGUUUCAGAGUGUUCCAUGAGUGAGGUGCGGUCUUUUGGACGUUUCCAAGGUGUGCGGGUGAAGAAUACAGUGAAAGAACUCAUCAUGCAGAAGCGCCUUAGCAACCAAAAUGUACAGCAACACUCUGAGGGAGAAUACACAGAAUUGACCUUCCUUCUCCAAGGGCAUAAGAGGACUGCAGACUUCAGCUUGAUAACCGAUUCACCUACUAAAAGACUUGCUACUGCAAAGGCAAUCCAGACUUUGAGCCCUCCAGAGGGAAGCACACUGGACAUUGACUUCAUGGACCUUGGAUAUGAGUCCAUGAAAUCAGACACCUCCUCACAAGAGACCAUCCCUGACCCCUUCAGCCUCAUCGACUGUCAGUCCCUCUACCCUCAAAAUCACCUGCCACAUGCUCCACAUGCAAUGGGAAACUCCUAUGUCUCCCAGCCUUUCAUAGCCCCGCUAACCCCAAGGGGGGUUUGGCCAUUGGCUCAGUUUGCUGAAGGGGAGCCGAUGACCUUCUUUCAAUGGCAGAUACAACAGGAAGAGGAGAAGUUGUCAGGGCUCAACCCCCAGAUGCUCACAAGCCAGGAUAGUGAUGGAGACACAUUCUUACACAUAGCUGUGGCACAGGGCAGAAGGGCUCUAGCUUUUGUGCUGGCCAGCAAGAUGGCUAACGUCGGCAUGCUGGAUAUGAAGGAGCACAAUGGCCAGAGUGCCCUUCAGUUGAGCGUUGCAGCCAAUCAACAUCUGAUAGUGCAGGACCUGUUGGCCCAGGGGGCUCAGAUCAACACCGCUGACUGCUGGGGCCGCUCCCCUCUGCAUGUGUGUGCAGAGAAGGGCCACGCGCUCACUCUCCAGACCAUCCGAAGAGCUCUGAAGGGUAAAGGUCAGGAGCUUAAUGUGGAAGAAGUCAACUAUGAUGGCCUAACACCUCUUCAGACAGCGGUCCUGUCUCACAAUGCUGUUGUCCAGGAGUUGGGUCGUAUGGCGGCGACCCCCCAGUCCCCUGGGGUGGUGGAGUUGAUGCAGAGAAGGAAGCUACUGCGGGAGUGUGUCAACACACUGCUGCUCAUGGGAGCCUCCUGUGCAACUAAGGAUCAUAAAAGUGGUCGCACCUCCCUGCACAUGGCUUCUCAGGAGGCCAAUGUGGAGCUCUUACGCAUCUUCCUCGACCAGCCAGACUCUCUUUCUAUUGUCAAUGUCAAGGCAUUCAGUGGAAACACAGCGCUGCACUUUGCCAGUUCUGUGCAUGGUCGGGUGACUCAGGUGGAUGCUGUGAAGCUGCUGAUGAGGAGAGGGGCCGACCCCAGCUACAAGAACCUGGAGAAUGAGCAGCCUGCCCAGCUGGUGCCUGAAGGGCCCGUCGGAGACCAGGUGCUGCGUAUCCUGAAGGGGAAAGGCUACCAGGCCCAGUCUGCUGCCCAGUAGGGUGCAGGAUGGGAUCUACUGUCCAGAAACACUGUCAGUCAGACAGUCCAUUCUAUGUAGAAAUCAUUUGCCAUCGUAUGUAUGGCAGAUGUCAGUUGUUUCAAUGAAACAGUGAAUGUUGUUCGCUACGGUGUAGUGUAUUUUGAGGUAACCAUGUUAUCUUCUACCUUAAAGGGGCAAUCUGCAGUUGCUACAUCCAUUUUUGGACUUAUAAAUUAAUUAAUAUGUACCCAUUGAUUC